AUGUCUGUUGAUGCAUCUGGCAGAGCUGGAGGACUGCUAUGCAUUUGGAACCCAAACGUUUUCCAAUUGAAGGCUUGUUGUUGCAACCAUAAUUUCUUGUUGCUCUCAGGUACAAUUUUUCAUAGUUUUGAUUGUGUUGUUGUCAAUGUAUAUGGUCCUAAUGAGGUGGCAAAAAGAAGAGAGGUUUGGGAGUGUUUAAUAAGGUUAAAAUCCAUUUUCUUGGGGUCGUGGUGUAUGGGAGGAGACUUUAAUGAAUUCAUAACCAUUUCAAGGAUUGGGUGCUCUAGACGGGAUAGAGGGAUAAGGGAUUUCAAUUAUAUAAUUGAUCAAAUGGAAUUGAUGGAUAUGCCCAUGCUUAGGAGGAAGUUCACUUGGUGUAAUUCCCAAGAUAAAGAGAAAUGGAGCAGAAUUGAUAGAUUCUUAAUUAACCAUGAAUGGGUGCAAAAUUUCAGUUUCAAUUUAUGGGGUCUUCCUAGGUUGUUAUCUGACCAUUGUCCCAUUAUUUUAAUGGAGGAUGAUAGGGACUGGGGCCCUAGGCCGUUUAGGUUUAUUAAUGCCUGGUUGUUAUAUCCUAAUUUUCUCCAUUUUGUGAAGCAAACUUGGUUAGGGCUUAUGGUGGAAGGGUGGGCAGGGUAUAAGUGUCUUAUGAAAUUUAAAGCAUUGAAACAAGCAUUAAAACAGUGGAACAUGGAGGUGUUUGGAAAGAUUGAGGCUGAGCUUAAAAAUGUAGAAAAUGAAGCUCAUGCUCUUGAUAUAUUAGCUUAA